UCCAUUGCCAUUCUUAGAUGCAAAAUUGCCAAACGGGAAUAUGCAAACGACGUCGUUUUUCCAUUUACAAGAGAUCCCAAGGGUAAAACGUGGGCGACGGCUAACGGCCUCUCUGCAGUGGAGCUGAGAGAGAUGGGUUCAUUGAAAUCUCUUGAAUGCGAGUACCCGAUAAUCGACUCCGAUUUUCAGAACUUCUGUGCUUCUCAUGGCAUUUUCUCAGUUGAAGAUAUACUCAUUCAUGACCUUUACAUGUUAGUCGCUUUUGCCGAACAACAGUCAACCUCAGAGAGACUUAAGCAGGGUAUCACCCAAAUCCUCUCUAUUAUAGAUGGUCAACAUCAACCAUGGUUGAAUGGUAUGGAGUUGUUGGAAGAUGCUCAACAGAACAAACAGGUUUUAUCUACUGGGUGUGAAGGGAUUGAUAUGCUUCUUCAUGGUGGAUUAUGUGUGGGACACUUAACAGAAUUAGUUGGGCCAUCAUCUGCUGGCAAAACACAAAUUUGCCUAAAAGUUGCCUCAGGGGUUGCAACAAGGUAUAUGGGUGGUGUUGUAUUCAUAGAUACAGGCAACUCUUUUUCACCCUUACGCAUUGCACAUUUCAUCAAUCAGAUCCCAGAUACUAUCUUUAAAGAGGUCAAACAGAAUAUUCUUGAAAAAGUAAUGAGCCAAAUAUUGUGCCAUUCAGUGUUUGAUAUCUUUGCAAUGUUGGAUGUGGUACAUCAGCUAGAGUACAGCUUGAGAUCUCAGGUGCAGACAGGAGCUGAUCAGGUGAGGUUGCUUAUUGUUGAUUCAAUAUCAUCGCUGAUUACCCCAAUCCUUGGAGGCAGUGGUUCACAUGGACGUGCUUUGAUGAUUUCUGCUGGAUUUCUUCUAAAGAAGUUAGCACAUGAGCAUAAUCUUGCAGUAGUUGUGACUAAUCACAUGGUGGGUGGAGAGGGAGGCAUCCUUAAACCAGCUCUUGGAGAGAGUUGGAAGAGCAUUCCACAUGUGCGGCUUUUGCUCUCCCGUGACCCAGGGAGCAGCAUCUGCCACAUGUCCAUUCUGAAACACUCAUACAUGGCUUCUGGCAGGGCUGCUAGGUUUAUGAUUUGACUAAUUAUAUUUUUGAUUUGUACCACAUUGGAGGUUGGAGAGGAAAAGACACCAAAGAGUCAAACUAUGUUACAAGGAAUUGGGUGUGUUUUUGUACCAUAACUUUUGAAUAUUGCAAUUACGAAGGAGAACCUCUCUUUUGCUUGUUACCAGAGGCCUGACUAUGACAAUGAUUUUAUGUUUGUGUU